CUACUAAGGCAACGUCAAGCGAUGGAAGCGUUCGACGUAGUAUGAAAUUCAUUUGCACCGUCAUAAUUUCCAUUUUCCACACUGCCAAUUUCAAACCAAUCAGAACGCUCUUACUCGUGAUUAACUCUUGUAAGAAACCUGGUUGUAUAUAUUUCACUCACACUCUUCACUCUCACUUGGCUCAACAACAAUCUGGAUUUUCCUAGCAAAUCAGAAUGAGGAAGUGGACGAUCUCCGUUCUCUUUCUGUUAUGCCUUUUGUUUCUUUUUCCAGAUCAAGGUAGGAAAAUACAUGUAAAUGCAAAAGGUGAUUCAGAUGCUUCGGUUGAUCCGCCGAAGGUGGAGGAGAAGAUCGGCGCUGUUCCAAAUGGAUUAUCUACCGAUUCCAAUGUCGCUAAAAGAGAAGCGGAGUCUAUGUCAAGAAGAACGCUCCGAGCCAAUGCAGAGAGGUUUGAGUUCCAGGCAGAGGUCUCGCGGCUGAUGGAUAUUAUUAUCAACUCUCUUUACAGCAACAAAGAUAUUUUUUUGAGAGAGUUGAUCUCAAAUGCUUCAGACGCUCUGGACAAGAUUAGAUUCUUAUCGCUUACUGACAAGGAAGUUUUGGGUGAAGGUGACGAUGCCAAGCUGGAGAUGCAGAUAAAGUUGGACAAAGAAAAAAAAAUACUUUCAAUCCGUGAUAGAGGUAUAGGAAUGACUAAGGAGGACUUAAUCAAGAAUUUGGGUACCAUUGCUAAAUCCGGAACUUCAGCAUUUGUGGAAAAAAUGCAGACAAGUGGAGAUCUUAACCUCAUUGGGCAAUUUGGUGUUGGAUUCUACUCAGUAUAUCUUGUUGCCGAUUACGUUGAAGUGAUUAGCAAACACAAUGAUGAUAAGCAGCAUGUCUGGGAGUCAAAGGCUGAUGGGGCUUUUGCUAUUUCAGAAGAUGAGUGGAAUGAGCCACUUGGUCGUGGAACUGAAAUCAGGUUGCAUCUCAGAGAUGAAGCACAGGAGUACUUGGAUGAGUACAAAUUGAAGGAGUUGGUGAAAAGGUAUUCUGAAUUUAUCAACUUCCCUAUACACCUAUGGGCUAGCAAAGAAGUGGAUGAGGAGGUUCCUGCAGAUGAAGAUGAGUCCAGUGUUGAUGAGGAAACACCUGAAAAUAAAUCUUCUGAGGAAGAGGAAGAUACCGAUAAAGAUGAGGAUGAGAAAAAAUCUAAGACCAAGACAGUGAAGAAAACUACCUAUGAGUGGGAACUUCUGAAUGAUGUGAAAGCUAUAUGGCUAAGGAAUCCAAAGAAGGUGACUGAUGAAGAAUAUACAAAAUUCUAUCACUCUUUGGCCAAGGACUUUGGUGAUGAGAGGCCUUUAACAUGGAGUCACUUUACUGCUGAAGGUGAUGUUGAGUUCAAGGCUGUACUAUUCGUGCCUCCCAAGGCUCCUCAUGAUCUGUAUGAGAGUUACUACAAAUCAAAGAAUUCCAAUUUGAAAUUAUACGUCAGACGGGUGUUUAUCUCAGAUGAAUUUGAUGAACUUCUGCCCAAGUACCUGAACUUCUUGAGGGGACUUGUUGAUUCUGAUACCUUGCCACUUAACGUAUCAAGAGAAAUGCUACAACAGCAUAGCAGCUUGAAAACAAUAAAGAAGAAACUCAUUCGCAAGGCCCUUGAUAUGAUUCGCAAAAUUGCUGAUGAGGACCCUGAUGAGUCUAGUGAUAAAGACAAGAAAGGUAUUGAAGAAUCCAAUGACAGCAGAGACAAGAAAGGCCAAUACAUGAAAUUCUGGAAUGAAUUUGGCAGGUCAAUUAAGCUCGGUAUUAUUGAGGAUGCAACUAACAGAAACCGCCUGGCUAAGCUUCUUCGGUUUGAGACCAAUAAAUCAGACGGUAAAUUAACUUCACUGGAUCAAUACAUCUCAAGAAUGAAGUCUGGACAAAAAGAUAUCUUUUAUAUUACUGGAACAAGCAAGGAACAAUUGGAGAAAUCUCCAUUCCUUGAGAGGCUGACAAAGAAGAACUACGAGGUUAUUCUCUUCGCUGAUCCAGUGGAUGAAUAUCUGAUGCAAUAUCUGACGGACUAUGAAGACAAGAAGUUCCAGAACGUAUCUAAAGAGGGACUGAAAAUAGGGAAGGAUUCGAAAGACAAAGCACUUAAGGAGUCAUUCAAGGAGUUGACUAAAUGGUGGAAAGGUGCCCUUGUCAGCGAGAAUGUUGAUGACGUGAAAAUAAGCAACCGUUUGUCAGGCUCACCAUGUGUAGUAGUGACAUCAAAGUAUGGUUGGAGUGCAAACAUGGAAAGGAUAAUGCAGUCUCAAACUCUCUCAGAUGCUAGGAAGCAGUCUUACAUGCGCGGCAAAAGAGUGCUUGAAAUUAAUGCAAGGCACCCAAUAAUCAAGGAGCUUCGAGAGAGAGUAGUGAAGGACCCUGAGGAUGAAAGUGUAAAGCAAACAGCACAACUCAUGUAUCAGACAGCCCUUCUGGAGAGUGGUUUUAUACUAAAUGAUCCCAAGGAUUUCGCUUCCCGAAUCUACAGCUCGGUGAAAAACAGCCUCCGAAUCAGCCCGGAUGCAACAGUUGAGGAGGAAGACGAUGUAGAAGAAGCCGAGGCUGAACCCAACACAAAAGAAACAGGAUCGUCCUCUAAGAGUGAAGAAGAAGAUGUGAAGGACGAGUUGUAGGCUUACUUUCUCUUAGAUCGUCCCUCUAAUGAGAAAAUCAUUGAGAUGGUGCUUUCUUGUUAGAGGCAUUGGUUAGGAUUUAGAAUUGCCAGUGUCAAUUUGUAGGUCAGUGCAAACAUAAGCACCACGGAUUUUGUGCUGCUGCAUUCCUUUGUCUACAAACUGUUUGGACUGCGGCAGUGUGUUUUCUCUCUGAAUUGUAGAAUGCUAAUUUAUAUUUCCUUAUUCUUUAUUUCAGUCUUUUGUGAAAGUUACUAUGGUUUCAAACUGAUAAUACAACUCAACUG